AUGGCAAAGAAUAGCAGCAAAGUGGCAAUCAUGAACUUGAUUUUACUGCUCUCUCUUCUUCUAAUGGUUUCCAUGGCUGAGAGUAGACAACUUGGCAUUGGAUUUGGAAAGGAAGAAACUAGCAACCCUAAUAUCAAUUGCGAUUCAGUUUACGGUGCAGAGGAGGGUGAUACAUGUGGUUCUGUUAUUGAAAAGUUCAAUUUGAGUUCUGAUUUCUUCCUCUCUAUCAACCCUAAUAUCAAUUGCGACAGCUUCUUUGUGGGUCAAUGGCUUUGUACUCAAGGCACUGUGAACUGA